AUGAGUUCUCGAUUAAUAUUUCGUGAAAAAAUGAAUCAAUCUCCAGACUCAGAACAUUCAGCUCAAAAACCACUAGGCAAUCCUGAAGCUACUUUUGCUGUCAUAAUGUACAAAACUCCCAUACUGCUGUGGGCCCAUGAAGUCUGGUGGAACUCGUUAACAGCAGCAACCCAGCAAACACACCGCAACCUUCCUUCCCCCACUUACCACCCCAGACCAGGGCAAGUGAGGGCAGCGAACGAGUGCGAACGCCGGCCCGGGCCGACGCGAUCGCCCGCCACUAGGCCUCCUCCGACCCCGGCCCCAUCACCUGUGGCGAAAACGCCCCCUCCCCCGGCCUCUGUGCCCUUCAAGCCGACCGUAUCCCCCCCACCCCGCCCCAGCCGCUCCCCGCCCGGCCUGCGAGGAGGAUGGAGCACGGCGCCAGGUUCCCCUCGGCGGCCGCGGGGCCCCAGCCCCCUUGAACUGGUUACUAACCGCGGCUGCGACCGAGCGGGGCAGCCGGCGGAGGGAGGGUCUCUAACAGUGAGGAGAGGGGGCGAGCAGGCAGGCCCGGAACUGCAGGGGGUCGCAAGGUCCUACCUAACACCGUCGGUCUCCUCCGUCUCCUCCUCAACGGCAGCGGCCCCGGCGGUGGCGGCGGCAGCGACAUUCCUGGGGAGCGCUCCCGCCGCCGCCGCCUCCUCCUCCACUCUCUGCUCGCCUGUCUUCCCCGGCGCGCUCACCGAGCUCCGCGUCCCUUCAGCCGCCUCCCCCCACCCCCAACACACACGCCCCGAAACCUCAAGCCCUACGGCGCCCGCUGCUUGGUAA